AUAUACUCUUCUCGUGAUCUCCAUUAUCUCGCCCUUUCUCUCUCUCCAAGACUCUCUCUUCCCGCGAUCUCUCUCUCGAACCGCUUCUCCAACUUUCAUUUCAUUCUUCAUCUUCCCCACUCACUCACCCGACCCUCAGUCUUUCUGGUUCAAAACCCUAGCUUCUUGAUUUGGGUCGCCAUGCUGAUGUUUUCGACUGCUACCUCCUCUCAGAUUCGUUUCCUCCUCCACAGUUUGACCGAAUCUAAUGCUGAAUCCAUUCUCAAAGAGCUUUGUGAGUUUAUUGACUGUGGAAUUGAAGGAAGCUUCAUACUGCUCAGAACUUGUUUGGAUCAUUUCACUAGUCAUGGGACAGAUUUGGAAAACCCACUGUUGCGACUUGUUAUUUCUUCGGUCUUCAAGCAUCUCUUGGACAGACCCAAUUUUAGUACAAUAUUCUGUGAGUCUCUUGAAAGUAGAGAUACCAACCAAGUUACUCUCGAAAACAUCUCGAAUCUGUUAAACUUGUCAAUGUGUGAACGAAUUGGAGUUGGUCUCGCUGUUUCAGAUUCUGAAAAUCUUGAUGCAAGGUUGUGUGGAAAGAACUUCUGCAUUAGUCAGAUUGAGGAACUUUGUGCUAAUGCUGUAUCUGUGGAUUCCACUCAGCAAAUUCAGGAUAUUAUCAUGUUCCUCCAACGGUCGGAAGGGCUCUCGAAGCAUUUAGAUUCCUUCAUGCAAAUGCUAUCUUUGGUGCAGUUAAAAGAUGUUACAGAGUUUGUUUUGUCACCACUUCUUUCAGAUGAAUUGCGCGAGGAGAAAUUUUUAAGGAAUGUAAAUCUGUCACAUGAGUCCCUUGAUAAUGAUUUCGAUUCCAUCUUAGCUGAAAUGGAGAAGGAAAUGAGCAUGGGAGAUAUAAUGAAGGAACUGGGUUAUGGAUGCACAAUCAAUGCUACACAAUGCAAAGAGAUUUUGUCCCUCUUUUUGCCGCUGACGGAGAUUACUAUCUCUAAGAUACUUGGCAUGAUAGCUCGCAAUCAUACUGGUCUUGAGGACAGUCGAAAUAUAUAUGCAACUUUUAGUCUAGCUUUGGGUUGCAGUGCAUUGUCUGAUCUACCAUCCUUGAACUCGUGGGAUGUGGAUGUUCUCCUAGACACAGUGAAGCAACUUGCACCUAAUGUUGACUGGAUAAGAGUAAUGGAAAAUCUGGAUCAUGAGGGUUUUUAUAUUCCUAAUGAGGAAGCAUUUUCAUUUUUCAUGUCUGUAUAUAGACGUGCAUGCCAGGAUGCGUUUCCUCUCCAUACUAUUUGUGGUUCCAUUUGGAAGAAUAUGGAGGGUCAGAUUUCUUUCCUUAAACAUGCCGUGUUGGCACCACCUGAAAUAUUUACUUUUGCUCACUCUGGAAGACAGCUGGCUUAUAUUGAUGGACUGCAUGGCGAUAAGCUUCAACUUGGACAUACAAAUCAAGCAUGGAUGUGUCUGGAUCUUUUGGAUAUACUGUGUGAACUUGCUGAGAGAGGUCAUGCUAGAUCUGUGCAAUCAAUUCUGGAGUUUCCUCUUAAAAAUUGGCCCGAGCUAUUGCUACUUGGGAUGGCACAUGCCAACACUGCAUAUAAUCUGCUUCAGUACGAAGUUUCUUUUUCAGUCUUCCCAUUGUUGUUAAGAAAUCCUCUUGGUAGUGAUUUGAUCUUUCAGCUAUGGCAUCUUAACCCUAAUCUGGUGUUACGGGGAUUUGUGGAUGCUCAAAACAGUGAUCCAGACUCCAUGGUUAGGAUAGUUGACAUCUGCCAAGAAUUAAAGAUACUUUUUUCAGUACUAGAUAUGAUUCCUUAUUCCUGCAGUAUCAGAUUAGCAGCUCUUGCUUCACGACAGGAAUAUUUAGACCUUGAGAAGUGGUUGAGCAACAAUUUGAACACAUACAAAGAUGUAUUUUUUGAGGAGUGUCUCAAGUUCUUAAAAGGGAUUCAUCAUGGGGGAUCUCAAGAUUUUUCAACCAAACCUUUUUAUCCUGCUAAUGCAUUUUCAAAUAUUUAUUUGGACACUGCUUCUACUUUUUUGAAGGUUCUUAGAUCUAAUGUGGGUACUACUGCAUCUGCUAAACUAUCUGAGGAAAUGGAGAAGUUGCAAGAUGCAAUUCUGGAAUCGAACCCAAAGCUGCAAAAUGGCGAGGCUUCAGAUGUGCCUGCAACAGAAGGAUAUACAGAUGACAUUGAGGCGGAAGCUAAUUCCUACUUCCAACAAAUGUUUUCCGGUCAGUUGACCAUUGAAGCGAUGGUUCAAAUGCUUGCUCGGUUCAAGGAAUCUUCAGUUAAAAGGGAACAAUCAAUUUUCGAAUGCAUGAUUGCAAAUCUUUUUGAGGAGUACAGAUUCUUCCCAAAAUAUCCCGAAAGACAGCUAAAAAUUGCGGCAGUUCUCUUUGGCUCUGUUAUUAAGCAUCAGCUUGUUACUCACCUUACACUGGGGAUUGCACUGCGUGGUGUCCUUGAUGCACUUCGCAAACCUGCAGAUUCAAAAAUGUUUGUGUUUGGUACGAAGGCUGUAGAGCAGUUUGUGGAUCGUUUGAUUGAGUGGCCGCAGUACUGCAAUCAUAUUCUACAAAUAUCACAUUUGCGAAGCACUCAUGUAGAACUUGUCGCUUUCAUUGAGCAGGCUCUUCUGAGGAUAUCUGCAGGCCAUUCUGAUUCUGAUGCCACUGCAGGAAAUGUGGAGUUAAAUGGUUCUAGCAACAUUCAACCUGGCCCGCAACUUUCUUCGACAAUGCAGUUACAACAAAAAUAUGAAAGUGUCAUUGAUGAUCGACUUAAAGUCACAUCUGCCAUUGAUGUAAAACCAAUUUUACCUUCUGUGGGGCAAACUUCAAUUCAACCCACAGGUGAUGCUUCUACUAAUCAAAAGAAUACAAACAAUGCUCCAGCAGUGCUGGCUUCUUCCCCUGGUUUUGUUCGUCCUUCACGGGGGGCUGCUUCUACGAGGUUUGGUUCGGCUUUGAAUAUUGAAACACUCGUUGCUGCAGCUGAGAAAAGAGAAACUCCUAUUGAGGCUCCCGGAUCGGAUGUACAGGAUAAGAUUUCUUUUAUGAUUAAUAAUAUUUCACUUGCUAAUCUUGAAGCCAAAGCAAAAGAAUUUACUGAGAUUUUGAAGGAGCAGUUUUAUCCCUGGUUUGCCCAGUAUAUGGUCAUGAAGAGGGCUAGCAUUGAGCCAAAUUUCCACGACUUGUACUUGAAGUUUCUGGACAGAAUUAAUUCAAAAGCUUUAAGUAAAGAGAUUGUUCAGGCUACGUAUGAGAACUGCAAGGUUCUCUUAGGAUCUGAACUUAUAAAGUCAAGUUCAGAAGAACGUUCAUUACUGAAGAAUUUGGGAAGCUGGCUUGGGAAACUAACAAUUGGCAGGAAUCAAGUGUUGCGAGCUCGUGAAAUAGAUCCAAAAUCUUUGAUAAUUGAAGCAUAUGAAAAGGGGCUAAUGAUUGCAGUAAUACCAUUUACUUCCAAGAUUCUUGAACCAUGUCAAAGUAGUUUAGCAUAUCAACCUCCAAAUCCUUGGACCAUGGGAAUUCUUGGACUACUGGCAGAGAUUUAUUCAAUGCCUAACUUGAAAAUGAACCUCAAGUUUGACAUUGAGGUUUUAUUCAAGAAUCUUAGUGUGGACAUGAAAGAAAUAGCACCAACUUCUCUUCUUAAAGACCGGAAGAGAGAAAUUGAUGGUAAUCCUGAUUUUUCGAACAAGGACGUUGGAGCAUCUCAGACACAGAUGGUAGCCGAAGUGAAGUCCGGCAUAAUGUCUUCUUUAAAUCAAGUGGAGCUUCCCCUAGAGGUUGCAACACCAUCGAAUUCCGGAAAUCACACUCACCUGUUAUCCCAGUACGCUGCCCCACUUCAUCUUUCUUCUGGCACAUUAAUGGAAGACGAAAAGCUUGCUGUGCUGGGUUUGUCUGAUCAACUUCCUACUGCCCAGGGACUCUUACAAGCUACACCAUCGCCAUCACCAUUCUCAACCAAUCAGCUUCCUGCAGGUAUCCCUAAUAUAGGAAGUCUUGUUGUGAUCAACCAGAAGCUUAAUAGUUUGGGCUUGCACAUCCAUUUUCAGAGAGCGGUUCCAAUUGCAAUGGAUAGAGCUGUCAAAGAGAUCGUUACUGGUAUUGUGCAGCGUAGUGUCUCUAUAGCUACCCAAACAACAAAGGAACUGGUUUUGAAGGAUUAUGCCAUGGAAUCAGAUGAGACCCGAAUAUUUAAUGCAGCGCAUUUGAUGGUUGCUAGUCUGGCUGGAUGUCUAGCACACGUGACUUGCAAGGAACCCUUACGAGGUUCAAUAUCAAGUCAACUCAGAAGUUCUCUUCAGAAUUUGGGUGUUGCCACUGACUUGCUUGAGCAAGCUGUUCAGCUCGUUACAAAUGAUAACCUUGAUCUUGGUUGUGCAAUAAUUGAACAGGCUGCUACGGAUAAGGCAAUACAAACCAUUGACGGUGAAAUAGCUCAACAACUCUCUUUAAGAAGGAAGCAUCGAGACGGUGUUAAUACAACAUUUUUUGACACCGGCAUGUAUGCACAAGGACCGCUUGGUGUUGUGCCUGAGGCUCUCCGCCCUAAACCAGGGCAUCUGUCCGUUUCACAACAGCGAGUUUAUGAGGAUUUUGUUAGGCUUCCCUUGCAAAAUCAAAAUAGCCAAGCUGCACAAUCUACUGGUUCUUCAGUUACAGCUAGUGUUACUGGUUUGAGUAAUCAAUUUGGUUUGUCAUCGGGACAACUGAACUUGGGAUACACAUCUGGACUUGUUACUGGACUCGAAGGAGUAUCUCGGUCGCUGGAUGAUGCUGUAGACCCUGCCUCUGUGCCCCAACUAAGUACACCUCCAGGGCAUAUUGCUGCUGAUGGUGUUGGUGUACGAGGUCCGGAAAAUGAUUUGGUCGUUCCUUCUUUCCCUUCAGCUGCUUCAGCCCCUGAGCUGCAUUCAGUUGACGCCUCUGACAAUAUAAAGGAACCUGGAUCCUCUUCCCAACCAUUGCCCUCACCAAUCACUACUGAUCGGCUUGCAACUACUAUGUCUGAACCCUCACUUACCACCAGAGAUGCAUUGGAUAAAUUCCAAGUUAUUUCACAAAAGUUGGAGGCUUUGGUUAGUAAUGAGGCUCGGGAAGCUGAAUUCCAGGGUGUCAUUGCCGAGGUUCCCGAGAUCAUACUAAGAUGUAUAAGUCGGGAUGAAGCUGCUCUUGCUGUGGCUCAAAAGGUGUUUAAAGUUUUAUAUGACAAUGCAUCAAACACUUUCCAUGUUGGUGCCCAUCUUGCCAUUCUGAUUGCCAUUCGUGAUGUUUGCAAGCUAGUUGUAAAGGAGCUUACUAGCUGGGUGAUUUACUCCGAGGAAGAACGGAAGUACAACAAGGAGAUUACUCUUGGCCUUAUUCGCAGUGAAUUACUAAAUCUUGCAGAGUAUAAUGUUCAUAUGGCAAAACUAAUUGAUGGAGGCAGGAAUAAGGCCGCAACAGAGUUUGCUAUAUCCCUCCUCCAAACCUUGGUUGUGGAUGAAUCGAGUGUAAUUUCAGAACUUCACAAUCUUGUUGAUGCAUUAGCAAAGGUUGCUGCAAAACCUGGAUCUUCCGAGCCUUUGCAACAUCUGGUUGAGAUAAUCAAGAAUCCUGCUGCUAGUAUGGCUGCUAUAUCUGGGGUUAAUGUUGGGAAAGAGGAUAAGGCUAGACUUGCCAGAGACAAGAAGGCUCCUGUACACUCCAUAGCAAACAGAGAAGAUUCUAGUAUUCUUGAAUCUGAAGAUCCAGCUGGUUUUCGUGAUCAGGUAUCAAUACUAUUUGCUGAAUGGUACCGAAUAUGUGAGCUACCGGGUGCCAAUGAUGCCGCAUUUAACCAUUUCAUAUUACAAUUACAUCAGAAUGGACUUCUGAAAGGGGAUGAUAUGACUGAUCGUUUUUUCCGCCUACUCACGGAAAUUUCUGUGGCACAUUGCUUAUCAUCUGAAGUAAUUAACUCGGGUGCAUUACAAUCACCACAACAAAUACAGAAUCUUUCUUUCCUUGCAAUUGACAUUUAUGCCAAGCUUGUAUUUUCGAUCUUGAAGGGAUCUGGUAAAACUGCUCUUUUAUCUAGGAUUCUGGCAGUGACUGUAAGAUUUAUUCAGAAAGAUGCCGAGGAGAAGAAAGGAUCGUUUAAUCCAAGACCAUAUUUUAGAUUGUUUAUUAACUGGCUUCCUGACCUUGGGUCUCUAGAACCUAUUGUUGACGGUGCCAACUUUCAGAUAUUGACAGCUUUUGCUAAUGCAUUUCAUGCCUUGCAUCCUCUUAAGAUUCCAGCGUUCAGCUAUGCUUGGCUUGAGUUGGUUAGUCAUAGAAGUUUUAUGCCAAAGAUGCUUACUGGGAAUAGUCAGAAGGGUUGGCCUUACAUCCAGCGUUUGCUGGUAGACAUGUUUCAAUUCAUGGAGCCAUUUUUGCGGAAUGCUGAACUUGGACCACCGGUUCAUUUUCUUUAUAAAGGCACUCUUAGGGUGUUGCUAGUCUUACUUCAUGAUUUCCCCGAGUUUCUAUGUGACUAUCAUUUUACUUUCUGCGAUGUGAUUCCUCCUAGCUGCAUUCAGAUGCGGAAUAUCAUCCUUAGUGCGUUUCCGCGAAAUAUGAGACUUCCAGAUCCAUCCACUCCCAAUUUGAAGAUUGACUUGCUUGCGGAAAUCAAUCAAUCCCCGCGUAUUCUAUCUGAGGUGGAUGGAGCUCUUAAAUCAAAGCAGAUGAAGGCUGAUGUAGAUGAGUACCUCAAGACUAGGCAACAGGGAUCCUCGUUUCUGGCUGAUCUGAAGCAGAAAUUGCUACUUCCUCCCAGUGAAGCUGCUUCUGCUGGGACCCGUUACAAUGUGCCUUUGAUCAACUCCCUUGUACUUUACGUUGGGAUGCAGGCCAUCCAACAACUUCAGGCAAGAAGUCCUCAUGCGCAGUCAACUGCUAAUACUGUUACAUUAGCAGUAUUCCUGGUGGGAGCUGCUCUUGAUAUUUUCCAGACUCUGAUUGUGGAGUUGGAUACUGAAGGGCGUUACCUCUUCCUCAAUGCCGUUGCAAACCAACUUCGUUAUCCAAAUACGCACACUCAUUACUUUUCUUUUGUUCUCCUAUACCUAUUUGCGGAGUCAACUCAGGAAAUUAUUCAGGAGCAGAUAACAAGAGUGUUGUUGGAACGCCUCAUUGUUAAUCGGCCUCAUCCAUGGGGUCUGCUGAUUACAUUCAUUGAGCUUAUUAAGAAUCCAAGAUAUAACUUUUGGAAUCGGUCCUUCAUAAGAUGUGCACCAGAUAUCGAAAGGCUAUUCGAGUCGGUCUCUAGAUCCUGCGGUGGCCCAAAAUCUGCAGAUGAGAACAUGGUUCAAAACUGGGUACCUGACACGGCCCACUAAUUUAUCACUGUACAGACUAUUUAUUCCCAUUUAACGAUUGUGUAGUCAAUGUUAAUGUAAAUAAUAUUUUUUGCUCAAUUGAAAGUUGAAAUAUGAUUUCGAAUUUCUUUGCCUGGCA